AGAAGAAUGUUGAGAAACCGUAGGCAAAAUGGGGGUUCUCCAAGAUACACAUCUUCUCCAACGAGUAGUCCAUCAGGUUCUCCACGAAUAAUAGUAACUCGAAGCAUAGGUGGUUCUCCUACAAGUCGUCAUGAGGUGGGAGAGAUUGACACCAGAUCACCUUUUCAAUCUGUCAAAGCUGCUGUUACUUUGUUUGGCGAAACUGGCACUUCUGGUUGCUCCCCAAAAAAGGCUACUAAUAAGCCUAUCAGCACAUUUAAGAAAUCAAAAACUGCUGAAGAGGAGAAGGAGAGUCAGCUUAACUUGGCCCUGAGAGAAGUUGACAGCUUCAAACAACAGAUAAGAAGCACUGAGACUACAAAAGGCCAUGCUCUCCGCGAGCUCCAAAAUGCCAAGACUACUUUGCAGGAGCUCACAAGCCAGCUCCAAACAUUAUACAAAUCAAAGAAAGCAGCUCUUCAGGAAACCCAAGCUGCGAAUGCACGAGCCACACAACUACAAGUUACUAUUGCAGAUUCCAUGCAAUCUCUUAGAAAAGCUAAGGAAGAAGCCAUAUUCCACUCUCAUCUACAGGAAACUAAUAAGGGGAUUCAAGUCUUACAAGAACAACUUAACAAUGUCCGUGCCUCAGAUCUGGAUUCUUUUACCAAAACAACUUCACAGCUUCAUCUUACUAAAAACACAUUUCAAGAUAUUGUCGCAGAAGAAAGGUCGUUAAGAAGCCUGGUGGAUUCCCUUCAAGCAGAAUUAGAUACCUUGAAGGGCCAUAACUCUCAAUUUAAAGUUAAGGCAGAUGAAGCAGAAGCCCUUGCUGAGAACUUGCGAGUAAGUCUUGAUAACAGCAAGCCAAAGGGAGAUGCAAUCCAACAGUUUACUUGUGAAGCUGUUCAGUUUCUAAAGGAGGCAGAGGAGAUGAAGAAGAAGGUGGAAUCAAUCAGACAAGAAGCUGUCACAGCUCAAGUUGCAGCCAACGAAGCAGAGAAAAGACUGAAACUUGCACUAAGAGAGGCUGAAGAGGCGAAAGUUGCAGAGACACUCGUAAGUGAUCAGAUUCACCUAACAGAGGACGGAAAGAUCAAAUUAGCAGUUGAGAAAUACGAAGCUUUCAGCAAAAAAGUCGAAGAAAUCAGAAAUGAGGCUGACACAAAAGUUGCCGCUGCCAUGGCUCAAGUAGAAGACAUCACUGCCAAUGAAAAGGAACUUCUCAUGAAGGUGGAGGCAGGUCUAAAAGAGAAGCAGGACAUGGAAGUUGCAAUCAAGGAAGCUUUGAAGACGACAGAGAUGGCUGAGGCAGCCAAAAAGGCCGUUGAGGGCCAAUUGCGGAAGAAAUCAUCAAGAAAACGAAGCUGGAGAAUCUUCUAAGAGCAAAGGAAGAUUUUA